AUGUCGGGAAGCAUUUUGUAUGUGUUUGUAGUUGGAUUUCAUCAUAAGAGAGGCUGUCAGGUUGAAUAUAGCUACCCACCGAUAAACAACAAGACUCGUAUAUCCGACGAAGAUCUACCGCCGGAAUGGAAAACGUUGCCCUCACUGGCACUUCCCGAUGGGGCGCACAACUUUGAAAAGGAUUCUGUAUUUUUCCAUUUGCCAUCGUUGGAAAAGCCAAAUCAGACUGUUUACGGGGUUUCUUGUUAUCGCCAGAUCUCGUCGCAGACUCUGCUCAACAGGUCAGAAGAUGUGACCCGCUGUACGGUGCAGAAAAGCGUUUGCGUUCUGUCGGUGCUGCCGCUUUACGGCUUGCUCAAGGCGGAGCUAGAAGCGAUUACUCAGGUAUACUUCAGCCAGUGUGACUUUGACAAGGUAGAGCUGCUGGCCGAAAUGUACGAGCACCUGAAGCGGACAAUCAACAUCAGUGAGCUGAAGAAUCGCGCGAUGUACGGUACGUUUGGUCGAUCGACUUUUAUCUCCUCGAAAUUAGUCCUUACCAAUGUGUUCAUUUAUUCCACAGAACAGAUAUCUGUUUAUUGUUAUUGA